AUGGAUGUUAAUGGAGGGGAAUUUCCUCCCUUUUUCUACCCAGUUUUGGCAGCGGUCUGUGUUACAACAGGAAUUGUGCUCCUUAUGUGCGUCUUCCGAAAAACCGCCGAAUCAGCCUGUUACGACUACGCCCGGGAUAGGAAAAGCCGCUUCUAUCAAGCUCAGCAGGCUCAAGCGACCCUCAACGCAGCCAGUUGCAGUUUAGACAACUCAUCGCCGUUACAUUUACGCGCACCACAAAAAGGACACCAGUCGGCGAGUUUCAGUGUUUCUGCACCGGCGGAUUUGCUCGGAAGACCUAGUCAUUACAGCAGCCGAUCGCCUUCCGCGCCCGAAGUCGCCACUUUGUCAGUAACGCCGACGGUCCACGAGCUCCGGAAGCUCUCUGUCAAUCUCUCGAGCCCGGUCAAAUCGCAAUUAAGAGUACAUAGACCUCACACGCCUGAAUUGGCGACGCUGGAAAAUCCAGAAAAGCGUCUUAGUCUGCGGCCCAAAUCAACUUCUGACGCUGAAGAGGAGGAAGCAUCAUGA